CGUUACAGGCCCGGUACCGUGGCUCUCCGUGAGAUCCGUCGUUACCAGAAAUCCACCGAGCUGCUGAUCCGCAAGCUGCCCUUCCAGCGCCUGGUCCGUGAAAUCGCUCAGGAUUUCAAGACUGACCUGCGCUUCCAGAGCUCCGCUGUCAUGGCUCUGCAGGAGGCCAGCGAGGCUUACCUGGUCGGCCUCUUCGAGGACACCAACCUGUGCGCCAUCCACGCCAAGAGAGUCACCAUCAUGCCCAAAGACAUCCAGCUGGCCCGUCGUAUCCGCGGAGAGAGAGCUUAA